AUGUCUGCGCUUUUCCUUCGACUACGGCGAACGCGGCGCACAACAAGGCCUGUGGUAAUCUGCUUCGCUCUUCUUGUGCUCGGGCUGGCCACGAGCUUUGUGGUCCCAGCACCUUCAAGGCAUCCACCCUUCACUGGCCAGCUGCGCCGUGACUCUCUGGGAGUGCUGCCGAAAUCGCCCACCACCCACGGCCUUUCACGAUUCAGCUCCCCAGGGGUCUAUCCUUUCUGGGUUUUCGACUGGUCGCAGCUGGGCCCACAAGCGCUGUUGUGUGCUGGGGUGCUCUUUGCCUCUGGCGUGCUCUGCUCGGCGGCCGGCAUCGGUGGAGGAGGUAUCUAUGUGUCUUUGCUGAUGGUACUGGGCGGCCUCAGCACCCGGGAUGCAGUGCCGCUCUCCAAAGGAAUUGUUUUCUUCGGCUCAUUGGCCUCCCUGGUGCUCAACAUGCGCAGAGCCAAAACGAAGACGAAGGUCAUUCACUACGGCAUCUGCCGUGUAGUGGUGCCCUCUGCCUUAGUGGGUACUCUCUUCGGCGUCCUGAUCAACCACACCGCGGGGGACAGGCCCAUCCUGCUGCUGUUGAUGGGAAUCCUCAGCUUCAUGACCUAUACGUCGGUCCGGACGACCUGGCGACAAGCUGUGGCCGAGUGGGGGAGGAACACGACCGCAGCUGACAAGGAGAAGACGAGCGCUUACGCGGCAGUUUCAGCAGGGAGCCCUUGGCAGAAGCGAGAUGUCUUUGGAGGACUAGCCAUGCUUGCGCUGGUGGUUGCAUGUGGCGCUGCAAGGUUCCACAUGCACAGCUGGGGAAGCCAGCUCGCCCACCCUGCACUGAUCCAGAAGUUGCUGAUACUCCUUCCCAUUUCUGUUUGUGCUGCGGCAACAGUGUACAGCAGUUACAUGUGCAUCGGGGAGGAGUGUCUGCUUCGUGAGGAUGUUGUGAAGUAUGCGCUUAUGGCGGCAUUUACUGGUUGUUUUGCUGGCCUGGUGGGUAUCGGAGGUGGGCUCAUCUUCAGCCCCUUCUUCCUCUUGAUGGGCGUGGAUCCGUCAGUGGCCGUCGCUACUUCCUCGACAUGUGUCAUCUUUACGUCGGCCUCCACUACCUUUCAGUAUCUGCUCACAGGGCGAAUUAUCAUGUCACUGGCUCUUUUCUAUGGGGUGUGCAACCUGGCGGCCUCUUACUGUGGCACAUCCCUGGUCCUCAAACUCCAGGAGAUGUUCCCCAACCGCCGUUCGGUGGUUUCGGGCAUUGUGACUGUGGCCGUGCUGCUUAGUGCAGCCCUGGUGGCUGCGAAGCUUGUGACUAUGUGA